AUGGCCGGCUGCAUCCCGCCACCGCUCGCCAUCCUUGGGGUCCUAGCCCUUCUCGCCCCGCACGCUGCCUGGCCCACAGUUUUCCUUCCCGCGUCGAGAGCGCACGAACUUCUGGCCAGGUGGAGGCGAGCCGGCUCCCACCUCUUAGAAGAGCUCUUCGAGGGGCAUUUAGAGAAGGAGUGUUUCGAGGAGGUCUGCGUCUACGAGGAGGCGAGAGAAGUGUUUGAGCACGACGAGGCCACGGAUGAAUUCUGGAGGACAUACAUGGGCGGCUCCCCUUGUACCUCCCAGCCUUGCCUCAACAACGGGUCCUGCCAGGACACCAUUCGCGGCUACGCCUGCACCUGCGCGCCGGGCUAUGAAGGCCCCAACUGCGCCUUCGCUAAAAACGAAUGUCACCCUCUGAGGCUGGACGGGUGUCAGCACUUCUGCCACCCCGGACCAGAGUCCUACUCCUGCAGCUGUGCAAAGGGCCACAAGCUGGGCCGAGACCACAGGUCCUGCCUCCCCCAUGACAGCUGUGCGUGUGGGACCCUGAGCUCCGAGUGCUGCCAGAGGCCCCAGCGGGGCCAGCAAGACCUUCCGCCUCUCCCGUGGCAGGUAAAACUAACAAAUGCUGAAGGAAAAGACUUCUGCGGGGGUGUUCUAAUACAGGACAACUUCGUGCUGACAACAGCAAAAUGCUCACUAUUGUACAGAAACAUCAGUGUGAAAACGAGUGAGAGCCGCCCCGAGCGCCGGCCCCGCCUCCUUCCAGGCUCCGACUUUCCGGUGCGCGUGAAGGGCGUCCACGUGCACACGAGGUUCGAGGCGGACGCCGGGCACAACGACGUGGCCCUGCUGGGCCUGGCGCGGCCCGUGCGCUGCCCCGACGCGGGGCGGCCGGUCUGCACGGCCGACGCGGACUUCGCCGAGCGCGUCCUCCUGCCGCGGCCCGGCGUCCUGGGCGGCUGGACCCUCCGCGGCCGCGAGAUGGCGCCCUUGCGGCUGCGCGUCAUGCACGUGGAGCCCGCGGAGUGCGGCCAGGCCCUCAACGCCACGCUGACCACACGGACCAGCUGCGAGCGGGGCGCGGCGGCCGACGCGGCGCGGUGGGUGGCGGGCGGCGCGGUGACCCGGGAGCACCGCGGCGCCUGGUUCCUCACCGGCCUGCUGGGCGCCGCGCCCCGCGGAGGGCCCGGGCCGCUCCUGCUCAUCAAGGUCCCGAGAUACGCGCUCUGGCUCCGGCAAGUCACUCGGCAGCCGAACCUCGCCAGUCCGAGAGGCGACCAGGGCCAGGGGCGCGGCGGGGAGCCAGUGCCGGGCGAUCGCGGUGGGCGGCGGGCACCUACGGCCCUUCCUCCGGGACCCCUCGUCUGA